ACCAAAAAUACGCAAGAGAAGGGCUUAGUCAAAUUCACCCAAAAAUAUUCAAAAGAAGCACAUAGUACAUGUUUCGAACUAGGUUUAGCACCAAAAUUAUGGGCUUCGUCUCAUGAUUCGGUUACGUACAUGGACGAAAACAUAUUGGUCAAGUACAAAAAUGGAGAAAUUGAUAUAAAAUUUGUGGAUUUUGAUUGGGCGGGAAGAGAAGGAGGGGCAAAGUAUCCUGAAAGUCUGAACCCUACUAUUAACUGGCAUUUAGAUGUUGGCUGGCAUAAACUCAUCAAAAGGGAGUAUGACCAUCAUUUAGUUGAUAAUAUUUAUCUCGAUAUAAUGUCUGAUGACGAACCCUCAAAAAAGCGACGGCGCCUCUCAGAAUGGAUGAGUUAA